AUGCCAUUAUCCGUAAUACAUUUAUCACAGGUUUUAUCAAUAGGGUUGGAUCGGUCCUGUGGAUCCUCGGUCCUCUAUUUUGCGACCAGUCUGGAGAUAUUAAUAAGAGAAUGCCUGAAAUGUUUGGCAGAGCUAAAAGCUAACUUACCUAGGAAUACAACAAUUGUAACAGUUGUCAAACCUGCUCCUGAUACACCUUAUCCACCGACUACAACUGCCACUAAUACCAGGACGCCUCCUCGUCCCGUCCACCCACCGACUACAACUGCCACCAAUACCAGGACGCCUCCUCGUCCCGUUCACCCACCGACUACAACUGCCACUAAUACCAGGACGCCUCCUCGUCCCGUCCACCCACCGAAUACAACUACAACUACCACUACUGGCCCAAAAGAAUCUGUUAAUAAUUGCAGUUUUUCUUACCAUAAUAAUGGCUUUCAGUCCGGUGAGCUUGGUGCCAAAAACUGCAACAUAAAGGGCACCCUGUCCGUUCAACUUCCCACAAAUACACAGAAAAAUGUAAAAACAAUUGGUAUUAAAGUCCGACAUAACAAGUUUAAGAAAAGUAGAGUUCUCUCAUUUUGGAAGUCUAAGAUGGAACUUUUUACCAUCAACCUCGACAUUCCUCCAAAUUCUAAUGUGAAGAAAAACUUACCCUUCACCAUCGUCAUUCCUCCGGAAAUCCUCAAAAGCAUAAAAAUUGCACCUAACCAAAGAAUGAUGGAGUUUGAAUUAAUCGCCAUGCUAGACGGAAAAGAGGAUGCGUCCGUUUUGGUACCAAUGUACUUACAUGAUUUGCCAAAAAAAGUUAUAAAUUCAUCUUGGUCAACGGAUUUGUACAGAGUUUUCUUGGAUAAUCACUUUUCACCAAAUACAAACUAUGGCCUCAUAGUGAUCACUCCAAGAGCACAAGUGAACCGAUUAAUAGUCGGUAUAAAAGAAUACUAUUCGUUACCCAAUGCACCCUUCCAGAAACGUUAUAUUGUAAGAAAUAUAAUCGACGGUAGUACGUUCAUUAAGUUAAACCAAAGAACAGCAGGGACCUGUACUGAGGUUGGUUCCAAAGUCAAAGAAUCCUUAUUCUUGAUACCUUCAUCAAAUCCAAUGCUCUACGAUUUUUCAAAGCGCAGUAAAAUUAAGGUUUAUCAUAUGAUUAAGGUAAAAAUAUUUUUAGAGGGUAGAGAUGAGAUCAAGCUUAAGCGACAGUGUUUUGUGGUCCCUUAG